UUACAGAUAACCCAAAAGAAAUGGAUCGAUAUGGUGUAUUUCGACAAACAUCUUUACUUGUUUGUCUUCCAGAUCUUAUGCAAUUACAUUGUCCAAUACAUAUGUAUAUUAGAAUAUUAGAAAUUGAAAUGUAUCAUAGUUUUCAAACAAUUCAAGAACCAGAAUUUAUUAGUCCAAGUUGUUCAUUGAAAAUAAAUCAAUUUGAGAAAAAGAGAAAACAUGAAUUAAACAUAAAACAAAUCAUUGAAUGUAACAAUAAAUUGAACAUAGUUAAAAUGAUUAAACAAAUGUGUGAUGGAAGAAAAAGCUGUGAACUACAUAUAUCUCAAUUAAUACCUAAUUUAACUCAAUGCUCUGAAGAAAAUAAUUCUAUUCUUAUUAAAUAUCAAUGUUUACCUGAUCUUGAUUCAGCUUUAUUUGAAGCAAUCUGUACAGAUACAUAUAUGGAAGUAAAAUGUAAUACAGAACGUUCUAUAAAUGCACUUGUUAUACUAAAUGCAAAAUUUGAAAAAGAAAUUAAAUUAUUUGAUAGAAGUUCAACUUAUGAAUGUCCAAUUGUUCCAACGGAGAUACCAAUUGGAUUAUCAGACAAUGUAUGUUCAUCUACAAUAGAUAUUACUGAUUAUUUGAGUAGUUCAUGUGAUGGACAUAGUACUUGUUCAGUUAAUCCAAAUACUAUUGAUUUAUCAAUGAAUAAAAUACAAAAAUGUGGUAAAAUGCAUCUUAGUUUAGUUUAUGUUUGUGUACCACCGGAACUAAUUAUAACAAAACAUUUUAUAGAUACAAAUAAUGAACGACAUACUGAGAAACAAAAAACAAAUCAAAGACAACCUAAAGAAAUUCAAACUGUACGUUCCGGUAAUAAAAUUCACACAUUAAAUCCAUCUGAUGUAUCAUCAUCAUCAUCAUCAUCAUCAUCAUCAUCAUCAUCAUCAUCAUCAUCAUAUGAGAAGAAUCAACGAUCAUUUAUCAAAACGGAUAUUGAACAAAAUAAGAAAAACCGUUUCAUUGAUUCAAAAAAAUCAAUAAAUAUACAAAUCAAUAAACGAACAAAUCAAGAACCUUAUAUACAAUCAAUGAAUUCAUCUCUAUUACAAUCAAUAUUUAUUGGUAUUGGUAGUAGUUUAUUCAUUGUUUUAACUAUACUACUGAUCAUUAUAUUAUUAUAUCGUAAAUAUCAUAUAAGAAAUACUGAAAUCAAAUCGAAAUCUAUACUUAAAUCAAAUCAAUGUUCAACAAUAUGUUUCUCUCAUACAAAUGAUGAUUGGUCAACAACUCAUUCCAAUGUAUUACAUAAUAAUACUAAUACUAAUAAUAAUAAUAAUAAUACUAAUCCAUCUAGAUUAGAGAUACCUUUAACAAAUGAUUUAAAAUAUUUAUGUUCUAUAUGUAAAUUACCAAUUCAUUCAUGUACUACUAUUAUAAAUGAUUUACAUAAAUAUCAACAUGAACAUUGUCAAUGUUAUAUGAAUUCGAAUACAUUAGGAAAUAUAAAUAGUUGUAAUGUACAUCAUGAACAAUAUGAUAGUAAAUCAUGUUGUAUCAUAGGACAUCAUCAGAAUACAUCUGAUUUAUAUAGUAUGAAAAUGAUAUCACCUACAUUAAAUCAAUCACCAUGUUUAUUCAAUGUAUACCCAUUAGAUAUAUCAAAUGAUAUAAACUCUACUUUACUUCCACUUCAUACAAAUACAAUGAGCAGUGAAAAUUCUAAAAAUACAAUCAAUGAUUAUGUACCAACAAUUACAACAACAACAGUAACAUCAUCAUCAUCAACACCACCAUCAUCAUCUAUUCAUAGUAAUCAUUAUGAAUAUCAUAGAUCAUCUUCAUUAGAUCAUAAAUAUCAAUCAAAUCAUAUAUAUCAUACAAAUUAUAUGAAUACAUCACAAUCCAUAAAUAGUAAUUCAACACGAUAUGGAUAUGAUCUAAACAAUGAAAUAAAUGAUCAUCAUGAAGAUGGCAUGCCAAAAUUCAAUCAUUUUUAUGGAUUAUUAAAAUGUGAUCAAAAAAUUGAUUAUGAUCAUAUCAAUGAACGCCGGUUACGUAAUACUAAUCAAUAUAUUGAUAAUGAUAAUGAUAAUAAUAAUAAUAAUAUUAUAAUGGAUCAUUGUCCAUAUGAAAUGAAAAAAAUUCCAAAUGAAAUAAUCAAUAAAGAAAUGAUCAGAUCACCAUCGAAUCAUUUCACUAAUCCAAUCGAUAUUGAUAAUUGUAUUGAAUCAUAUAAAAAAUAUAAUCAAUAUCAUGAAAAUAAAUCAAUCUAUGAAAUCAAUUCAACAAUUCAAUCAACAUUUCAACGAAAAGAUAUCAAUCCUCAAGAAUAUGGUUGCAUAACAUUAACUAAUAAUAAUAAUAAUAAAAAUAUGUAUUUAUUAAAAAAAAUAAAUAAUAAACAACCACCACCAUCACCACCAUCACCACCACCACCACAGCAACAACACCAAAAACAAUUACAUCAUAAAAAAGAAAUAAAUGAAAUAAAAUGUAAAAAAUCUCUAAUCCAUAAUCCUAAUUUAUUAAUGAAUUCAAGAUGUAAUUCAUUAGAUAAUGAAUCGAUUGAAAGUCUUGCUUUAUCAUUUAUUGAUCCACCACAAAAUUUUCGUACAUCUAAUCAUGAACUACAUUUACAGAAUAAUAAUAAUAAUAAUAAUGAUCAUAAUGAUAAUCAUAAUAAUCAUAAAUCAAUAAUGAUGAUAACAUUAACUCCAACACAUAAACCACCAGAUUUAAUUUUAAAAAGUGGUAAUUAUCAUGAUGAUGUUAAUGAUUUAGAACGACCACCACCAAAAAUGCCACCAUUAAAAGGUAUAUUAAUUAAUAAAUCUAUUAUUAAUAAUGAAAAAAAUUAUGCAUUUUAAUUGUAUUUCUUAUGUUUUAUUCAAUUACUAAUAUAUUCAUGUAUUCAUAAUCAAUAUAAACAAUAAUCAAUUAUAGAACAAUAAACUACUACUUAUUAUCUAUACAUUUAUAAUAAACAUUAUUCAAGCGUUGUACAUGUUAAAUAUUCUUAUAAAAAAAUAUUAUUAAUU